UUUUAAGUGAGAAUCUCGUUGGCGGUAAAAUAAAACUGCAUUUAUUAGUAUUUAUAAUUUAUAAAUCAAAGUAGAAUUGUGUGAUAUGAUUUAUUGCUUAAAAUGGCCGAGAAACUUGAGGAUCUGAACCUGCCCAUGUCUGUUGUGACUCGGAUCGUUAAAGAAUCUUUACCUGAAGGCGUAGCUAUAUCCAAAGAGGCUCGUACCGGUCUAGCAAAAGCCGCUUCUGUUUUCGUAUUAUACGUGACUUCGGCAGCGACUAACAUUGUUAAAAACAACAAAAGGAAAACAUUAACAGGUCAAGAUGUCUUAGAAGCCAUGAAAGAUAUAGAAUUCGACAGAUUCGUUGGUCCAUUAACGGAAGCGCUGGAAAACUACAAACAAGCUGUUUCUGCGAGAAAAUCCGGCGCUGGAAAGAAAAAAGAAGACGUUGAAGAAAUAGAAACAAUUGAAGAAGAUUAAGGUAAUGUUACUGUGAUUAAUUUGUUUUUAAUUAUUUA